AUGGUUAAAGUAUACGCAUACGAGGACAGCGACGCAAUUGCUAAGUCGUUGGCCAAAUUUAUCAUUCAGCAACAAGAUGCAAUCUUGGCCACGAAGGAGCAGUUCACCAUUGCGAUCAGUGGGGGCUCAUUGAUUAGCAUCUUAGCCAAAGGCUUGCUCAAGAACAAGGACAUCAAAUGGUCGAAGUGGGUCAUCUACUUCAGUGAUGAAAGAGUGGUCCCGCUCAAUGACAAGGACUCCAACUUCGGAGCCUUUGAGAAGGAGGUGCUUGAGCCAUUGGCCCACGAGAACCUGAUCGGCCCGACCGUGGUGACAAUCAAUGAGUCCUUGGUGCAUUCAGAAGACCACAAGACUGACCAGCAGAUCGCAGAAGAAUACGAGGCCAGCUUGCCAGAGCACGGCAUUGAUUUGGUCCUUUUGGGCUGUGGACCAGACGGCCACACCUGCUCCCUUUUCCCAGGUCACAAACUGCUCUCCGAGUCGAGCUCCAACGUUGCCGCCUUGUACGACUCUCCAAAGCCUCCUCCAAGGAGAAUAACUUUGACGCUAAAGUACUUGGCCAAGUCCGGCACUAUCUGUUUCGUGGCAACGGGGUCAAGCAAGCAGACCGUCUUGAAGGAAAUAUUUGGAGACUCGGAAAGCAAGUUACCGAGUGCCAUUGUCAACGGCUUGGCCGAAGACGUCAAGGGCGGUGUCUGCUGGUUUGUGGACAACUCGGCUGUCGAAGGUGUUGAAGUCGAGAAGCUCCAGUACUAA